AUGUCCCAGGAGUCCCAGAUGCGCGUCAAGGAGAGCGUUCCGGAAUGGUACGACGACACAGGAAAGCGUGUUACGCGUAUGCCCGACGCCAUUCAUCUCGCGGCAAGCGGCAUAGUCGUUAAUGAGAAGGGCGAGAUACUGCUUCAAAAGCGCGCCGAUAACGGUCAGUGGGGACUGCCUUCCGGAUAUGUUGACAUUGGUGAAUCGGUGGAGCAUGGGUGCAUCCGCGAAAUCUGGGAAGAGACCGGAAUCCACACGCAGGUAAAGCGACUCGUUGGAAUUUAUUCAGAUCCCCAACACAAUGUCAUCGCUGCCUACCCUGAUGGCAGUCUAAUACAAUUCGCAAUAGUGGUAUUCGAGUGUGAGUACCUUUCUGGUCAGCUGAGAAUCUCCGACGAAAGCACCGACAUCGGAUACUUCCCACCCGACAAUCUUCCCGAUGACACGGUGCUUUGCGACUUGCUCGCUAUCAAAGACGCACUGGAAGAUCGGGAAAGGCCUUUCAUUAGAUGA